AUGAACAUCAACCUCGAUUUCGGCACCUACACAACACCCCUAGCUCUCUUCGGUCUAGCAGCCCUAACAAAAACAACCUACACCUAUACGCGCCAAGCAAGCAACUAUCUGCGCCCAAGCACACUUCGCACACGCUACAAUCCCACCUCCACAACCCCAAACUGGGCCCUGGUAACCGGCGCCACAGACGGAAUAGGCUUCGGAUUCGCGCAGGAACUAUGCGCGCGCGGGUUCAACGUUAUCCUGCACGGGCGCAACCGCCAGAAAUUGAAUGCGCGGAAGGAUGAACUCGCUGCCGAGUAUCCGGAUGCGAAGCUUGGGAUUAUUGCCCGUGAUGCUAUGAGGCUUGGUAGGGAUAUUGAUAAUGUUGAUGGGGAGGUUAGGGGGAUUAUCGCUUCCACUGAAAAUGGAGGGAAACUGACUGUUCUUGUUAAUAAUGUUGGUGGGGAGACGAAGCCGUCGACUCUUCUCAAGGAGUAUUCUUAUGAAGAUGUUGAGGCGACGAUUGCGCGUAAUGCUACAUUCGCGAUUCAAAUUACGCGUGUGCUUGCGGCGCAGUUGGAGGAGAGUGCGCCGGCGCUUGUUUUGAACGUUUCUUCUGUUGCUGCUUUUGGGUUGCCUUAUAUCAGUGCUUAUUGUGCUACCAAGGGGUUUGUGGAUUCUUUUACUAUGUCGCUUGGGGCGGAAUUUCGGGCUGAGGGGAGGGAAGUUGAGGUUAUGGCAUUGAGGGUUGCUGAGGUGCGGACUGCUGGGUAUGAUGUUAAGAGUAACUUGUUUGUUCCGGAGGCGAGGGUGCUUGCUGGGGCUGGACUUGAUCGGGUCGGAUGUGGGCAGCAGUUUGUGUGGGCUUAUUUCUGGCAUUGGUUGCAGGGGUUGUCCUUCGAUAUCUUGCCUAGGUGGGCUUUGUUGAAAGUUGCUUCGAUGAAGCUCAAGGCCAUGAAGGUGCAAGAAGAUGCUAAGAGGAAGAGCAGCUGA